ACUUGCCGAAGAGAAAUUUUUGAGAGACAAGUUUUUGUGCAUCAUUUCUUUGUAGCGUGUAAAAAAAGAGGACAAUGAAGAUCCAUGACAGUCUGAGAUGUUUGUUGUAACUCGUACUAACAAGAAAGGUGAGACUGAUUCGGGAACACAAGAGACGAUUCAUCAUCUUCAAAAUUUGAAACAAGCUGGAUACAGUGAUGAUGAAGCACUUCAAACAGUUUUUGGAAAGGAGAGACAUGGUAGAGUUCGUUUCUGUGGUCGAUCAAUCACAAAAUCCUCUCUUAAAAAGGAUAAGCAAAUCCGACAAAUGCAACAACAACAUACUGAAGUGGUUUCAACUAUGGAGAAAAAUAAAAAUAACUUAACUUCCAAGUUGGAUGGUUUAACGAGCUUGAUCAAAAUGUUGUUGCAAAAAGUUAAUCCUAGUAUGAGUUCAAAACAAGUGCAAGUAAUGAUAGAAGCUGCCCAACAAUCUCUGCUUGAUGCAAGUACUGCACCAAAUGAUGCAAGGCAAAGCAUUCCUCCUUUACUGGGAUCGAACCAUGUGUCAAAAGAUAUGGAAAUAAGUACUAUCAAAAUUAAUAGUUAAAUUAAUAGUGGCUGAUUGCUGUUGAUGUUAAUUUUAUUAUUGAUUUUAUUGGCC